AAAGCUGGAGUUCGGGAAAAGGAGCUAUGAGGACCACACUUGUAAUAGCAGUUGCUUUCCUCGCAACUGGAGCUGUGAGUCAGAACGCCGACGUUACUAAACUGUGCGAGGCGCAGACCAGCUGCAGAGACUGCAUUCAAGCCUCGCCUCAGUGCUCCUGGUGUUCGGAGUUCGCUAGACUUCAUGCAUCGCCGGGACCUCGAUGUAAGAUCAGGACAGGACAAUCACCAUUAUCAAGUGAUUGCACAUUAAGUGGUUUGGAAGAUCCAAAAAGUAGAGACCCUCAACUGACACAGGCUUCCUUCAACGCCCUAAAUCAAAUAUCUCCACUGCGAGCAAAUAUCGUACUGAGAACAAACGACCCUAAGAGUUUUCAACUGACGGUCCGACCAUCCAACAACUACCCGAUUGAUCUCUAUUUGCUCAUGGACCUCUCCAACUCCAUGAGAGAUGACCUGGAAAAACUCAAGACACUGGGAGCUCAGCUCUCUGAAAGGAUU